ACUUUGAGCGAAGCAGGAAGUGAUCUCCGGUUUCUGUGCGUGUGUGGUGUGAACACGUUGUUCUGUAACUGUUUUAUAAUUGUGAAUAUUUGAUAGCACGUGCCUAAUUUCAGCUAAACGAAUCUCUGUGCUUUGAACGGAUGCUUUUAUUAUUCUUUUUAAAAUUCAUUUUCCUGCAAGUGUUUGCACAACUAAUCAGUGACCAAGGUCAAAAGUUGAGGACGUGAGACCUUCAGCCGGUCAAUGCAAGUGAUCGGAAAUCUGUUACCACAUGGCCGGGUUGAUUAACUUUGAGGACGAACAGGAGGUGAAGCAGUUUCUGGAUAAUUUAGGAGUGGAGUACAGUUAUCAGUGUUACCGGGAGAAAGACCCUGACGGGUGUCAGAGGUUGGCAGAUUAUUUGGAGGGUGUGAAGAAGAACUAUGAGUCCACAGCUCAGGUUCUCAAGCACAACUGCGAGGUGAAUGGCCAUGGAGAGAGCUGCUAUAAGCUCGGCGCUUACCAUGUCACCGGCAAAGGUGGUGUGACGGAGUGUUUAAAGACGGCAUACUCCUGUUUUAUGAAGGCAUGUAACAGCAAAGGGAAGAAGUCUGUGGAUGCUUGUCACAACAUAGCUCUGCUUGCCCAUGAUGGGCGAGCCAUGGAGGGGGGAGCUGAUGCGAAGGUGGCUCGGCAGUACUACGAGAAGGCUUGCGAGGGAGGCUUCGCCCCCAGCUGUUUCAACCUGAGCGCUCUUUUAAUCCAGGGAUCUCCAGGGCUGGACAAAAACAUGCCUCUGGCUCUAAAGUACGCCCUGCAAGCCUGCGAGCUGGGACACGUAUGGGGCUGUGCUAAUGCCAGUCGCAUGUACAAACUGGGUGAUGGGACUGAUAAGGAUGAUCAGAAAGCUGAGGAGCUGAAGAACAGGGCCAGAGAACUCCACGGACAGCAGAAAGAACGGCAACUGAAAUUUGGGGAGUGAGAUAAUGUGCCAUAGCAAUGACAGUUUAUUUGGCCUUCCUUUUUUGAUAUCACUUAUAUAAACGCAUAAAUUAUUUGAAUACAUUAGUUCUUUGCCACUUUUCUGUCAUAGCUGUGAUUCAUGUCUGAGAGUGAUGGUGUUAAUAUAAGCUAAUAUUUACAAAAACCGUUGCCACUAGAUAACAGACUGUUAAGGUUAGCAUAGAUUUUAGAGAAUAAUGAAGCGACUCUACAGUUUUCUAGUGGUCUGAAUUGGAAUUGAACCCUUGUAAAUCAAUAGCUUUUAUUUAUUUUAGCAGGUGCUGUGCGUAAAAUGGCCACUAGAUGGAAGCAUACUCCCAGCUGAACGUCUCUUACUAUGGUAACAGUUGCAAUGAACAUUUGUUAUGAGACAGACUUGAAUAUUUUGAUGUUUCAAAAUGUCCACUUCAAUCCUUUGAAUUUACUAAACAUAAAUGGCAUAAUGCAAAUCAAUGUCUUUGAA